UCUUGCGUCUACACUAGACUUAACAACAAGAUGAUACCUCGAAGUAAGGACCUCCUUGUGCGGAUAUCUUUUUACUGGAAGCCUCUUUUUGGGGGCAAGUAUUUGAUUGUAACUAAUACUGUGUGUAGCGGUGGUAUGCUUGCGUUAGGAGACGUUAUCCAACAGAGCCGAGACAAGCGAAAAGAUUCACAGAAACGUCACGACUGGUACAGGACAGGUCGUAUGUUCGCUGUGGGGUGUACCAUGGGUCCUUUUCUGCAUUAUUGGUAUCACUGGUUGGACGGGGUUUAUGUCGGCCAAGCGCUGAAGACUGUGGCCAAGAAAGUGCUCAUUGACCAGAUGGUUGCGUCACCCCUCUUUGGAGCGUGGUACUUCAUAGGCAUGGGUGUUUUGGAAGGACACUCAGUGGCCAAAGGUUGUGCAGAAUUCAGAGAUAAAUUCUGGGAAUUCUACAAGGCAGACUGGUGUGUCUGGCCCACGGCUCAGAUAAUCAACUUCCAGUUCGUGCCGGCGAAGUUCCGGGUGCUCUACGUGAACACGAUCACUCUGGGAUGGGACACGUACCUGUCGUACCUCAAACACAGGGUGGAUGAACAGGUGGAGGAGGUGGAGAUGGACAGCCCUGCCACCGUGGUGCCCAUUCCCGGUGUGAAAAACUUGGACGACAAACUCUAGCCAUUCUCUGCGCUGACUUUGGGAAAACUCCCAAAAUUUCAAAUGAAUGUCACCUCUCUGGACUCUUAUUUUUCGUAAGAGUUUUUGGAAGAAUUUUUGAAAACGCACAGCCAGGCUCACGGGGUCUUUUGACGAUCAGUCACU